GUAAAACGGAUAACGAAAUGAAGUUUGUUCCUCUAGGCUCGCCGUAGCGUCAAGACGCUCUCACAUGACUUUUCUUGUGACACGCAUUCCUUGUCAAAAACUAAAUUUAAUGGCAUUGUGAAACAUGAGAUCUUAUCAGUUUCCGUUUAUAUUGCAUAUAUUACCGGCAUUUGGUUAGCCUACUUGUUUUAUGCUGUGUUCUCUAAGCGAAAUGAAUAGUUAGGGGAGUGCGAGUGGAAUUGAGUAACUUGUGCGAAGUUGGAUGACAUGCUUAGUAAACUUUAAAACUUCAUUCAGCACAGACGUUCGGAUGAAGAAACAAACUUGACCACAUCCUGGAUGGCCGGCGGCUGAGUUAACUUUCAUUUUUGGGUGAACUAUAUUUUUAACCAGUUUGCUUCACAUUCGACAGUUCACCAAUGGCUGAGACAUCGUCUUCGACUGAUUCCAGACGCUGCUUCUUCCUGUACGAUAGUUCAAAGGUGCAAGAGGAGGGUGACCUGACUAGAGAUGGGAUUUACUACUUCUUUCCUGAGGAUACACCAGUAGACCAGCAAGAGCUGCUUUGUGGCCAGCUGGCCGGUGUGUGUCGUUGUGUGUCAGAGCUGUCAUCGUCUCCUGUGCGUCUGCUUCGCCUGCGCAAAAGCAAAUACGCUGUCCGCAUGAAGGAUAACUUUCUUUGGGCAUUAAGCUGUGUGGUUGACAUUCCUGACGUGAGUGUGUGUGACUUGCUUGAUCAGCUGAUUGCCCUCUUCUGUUUCUACAAUGGACCAGUGCGUCAGAGCUACCAGUUGUACAGUAAAGAGGAGUUGGCUCUACAAUGGGCCAGAUAUCUCUGUCACCUGCAGGGCGGCUCCACUGAGCUGCACAACAUCUUCAGCUGCUUGAAGACCAUCGACUCCAUGCGUAUCGAUCCUCUGCUGCUGCUGAAGGCUGCCCUCAUUCUUCAGGCCUGUCAGCGAUGUCCUCUGGUCUUGGCCGGCUGUAUCCUCUACAGGGGCAGGGUGGUUAGUACUCAGAUGCCGCCUGCGCUGACCGUGAAGGUCAUGAUGUAUGAGACGCAAACGUACAGCCAGGAUUUCAAAGCGAUGACCAAUGGCCUGAGCUCAUCGCUGGGCUCAUCGUCCUCUUUCACAGCUACCACGCAGGUGUUCCUGACGUCCGCUGAACUGCACAUGCUCCGCUGCCCCUCAGUAGAUAAAGCAUGCAGAUCUCACUGCAGUCAACCUCCCUGCCAACCCAGCAAGUCAAGGCUCUUGUCGCGUACUUUAUCUGACACCCCAACCACAGAUACCGACUCUUCAAGCGCAGAUCCCACACAAUGUCCCCCAAUAUCCUAUCAGACGAUGCCCUCUUCUCCUCGCUCCUCACUUUCUGAUGAACUGCGCUUCAGCCCUUCUUCCUCACGGGUUAACACACCCAUCCACUCCAAUCUCAUGAACCAAUCAGAGUAUUUCACUCCUGACUCGCAUGACCACAGCACUUCUAACGGGACUAACUUGUGUGCGGUGGAAGAGAGUUUGGCAGACCUGAACAUAAAGCAGGAUACAGAUGCAAGCUCGGGGUCAGAAACCAAAAGCGAAGGUUUAAAUUCAGAUCAGGACAUUCAGAGUGAAGAAAUCAAAGCCCUCGCUAAUGGGUACGAGCAGUCGAACUGUCUUGACGACCACUCUGACCUUGACAACCCGAUUCAAGGUGAGGAAAAUAAACUGGAUGCUACAAAUCAUAUGACCAACAAAAAUGGAAAAUUCCAAGGAGACACAGAGGAAGGGGCAAAAACAAAGAGAAACCAACUCGGUAGGAACCUCAAGGAGAAAUACGAACCAACAAGUACCCCCUCACCACAUGUGACCCUAGAAGACACCUAUCUAGUGCCAUCGAUGUUGUACCAGCAUAGAGUCAGGGGUUUGGUGUUGGCUCUGCUGGUGGAGCCUGAGUUCAACACUGAUCCCUCCGCCAGAGAGGAAGUGCAUCACAGCAGCUUGGCGUCAUUAAACGGGCUUGAAGCUCACUUGAGAAAUACCUCGCCUGGGACGUCAGGCCCGCCCGGGCCCUACACCUUUGCUCACUAUGACUGCAUUCAGAACACUCUGACAACUAAUGUAUGUGGGCGCUCCAUUGGACCCCAGGAUCAGGCCUUUGUGAAGGCCACUAAGCUGGUCCAUUCACAUUUCUCACACUUAGACACACUACAGGAGGCUAUUGUCAGGAACGGUAGCUCUGCAGUGUAUGGAAACCGUAGCACGGCCCAGGAGACAUAUUUUCUCCAGCAGGGAACACCUGUCAGAAACUCUGGGAGUCCUGAUCCUCAGGAUAGUGCCUUCUCACUACCAAGAAAAGCCCGUCUGCGGCUCCUUAAGCAUGGAGUUAACCUGCUUUAGCUGGGCUUUUUUUUUAAAUUAUUUUCUAUUUUCAUUUGUGUUAACUCUUAUUUUAUAGAUAUUCCCUAUAUUUAUACUGCAUCUUUCUUGCACUACUCAGAAUGUAAUUAAUGCUUUUUGUUUAUGUACUAGGCUGCUGUUUGUUUAUUUUGUAAUUAACAGUAGAGGCUGAAAUUGAUAUGCUAUCAUUCCAAGUAAUGCUAAAAUAUAGAGGAAGUGUCUCCAUCCUUAAACAAACACAGCUUCUGCUCUUGCCUUUUGCCGUUUCAAUGGAACAGAGAAAUGAGGCUUUAAAAAAUGAGACCUGAGAUCAUCGAGUGUUACCGUUAAAGGUAGACGUUUAUAGCUGCUGAAACCUUUUUUUAAAUGGAACAAAAUUAUACUUCAGUGUUAAUAAAUGUCCUUUAGUAAACCUGUUUGUUUCAGAAGAGGUAAAAAAGUUAAAUCUCACAUGCAGAAAUAAAUAUGGAUAGUUCA